GGCCAAGAGCGAGGCCCCCGCAGCCGCCGGCGCCACCGCCUGAGUCGCCUCCAGGUGGCUGUUGUCGGUCCCGGGCCGCUCAGGCAGCUCGGAAGCCACUCUGUUUUGGGGUCCUCGCCGCCCUUCCACGUCUCCCGGAAGAGGAGCGGGGCCGCGGCCGGGCCGGGACCAGGUUUCGUCUGCCUGGCCCUCUAGCCGCCGGCUGCCGAGGUGGGGGGCGGCCCUGGCGGGCGACGAGGCCGCGGUGCAGCCGCUCCGGAGUCCUCAGGUUCACCAAUAGGAUUAUUCUGCUACCAUCAUGUCCUGGUUUGCUGAUCUUGCUGGGAAGGCAGAAGAUCUUUUAAAUCGAGUUGAUCAAGGGGCUGCAACAGCUCUCAGUAGAAAAGAGAACACUGGCAAUAUCACAUAUAACAAAAAUGCUGACUAUCCUGAACUUCAGCAAAAUACAGAUUUGACUUAUCAGACUGGAUCUAAAGCUGCUUAUAUUUCCUCAGCAGCUGAUAACAUUAGAAAUCAGAAAGCCACUCUCUUAGCUGGCACAGCAAAUGUGAAAGUAGGAUCUAGGACAUCAGUGGAGACCUCUCAUUCUGUUGAAAACACAUCUGUUCCUAGGCCUUCAUCCCAGUUUGUUCGAAGAAAAAAGUCAGAACCUGAUGAUGAGCUGCUGUUUGACUUUCUUAAUAGUUCACAGAAGGAGCCUACCGGGAGGGUGGAAAUCAAAAAAGAAAGGAGCAAGACACCUGUCCUUCAGAGUUCUCGGACAGCAAGUGUCGGUUCUGUGAACACCAGCGUGACCACCGUCAAAACCGUUGAGGAAAAUCCUUCUAGGAGCCAAGGCGAUGAAACCUCUAAUAAUUCAGAUUCUGGCCAUGAAGUUCAAGAGGAUUCUUCAAAGGAAAAUGUAUCAUCAAGUGCUGCCUGCACUGACCACAAUCCAGCACCUACUCCUGACGGCAAAUCACAUGAACUGUCUAAUCUUCGGUUGGAGAACCAACUGUUGAGGAAUGAGGUUCAGUCUUUAAAUCAAGAAAUGGCCUCAUUACUUCAAAGAUCCAAGGAAACUCAAGAAGAAUUAAACAAAGCAAGAGCAAGGGUUGAAAAGUGGAAUGUUGACCACUCAAAGAGUGAUCGAAUAACUCGAGAACUUCGAGCCCAGGUCGACGAUCUGACUGAAGCAGUGGCCGCAAAGGACUCGCAGCUGGGUGUGCUGAAAGUGAGGCUGCAGGAAGCCGACCAGCUACUGAGCUCCCGCACAGAAGCCCUGGAAGCCUUACAGAGCGAAAAAUCGAGAAUAAUGCAGGAUCACAGCGAAGGUAGUAGCCUGCAGAACCAAGCUCUGCAAACCCUUCAGGAGAGACUGCAUGAAGCGGACGCCGCCCGGAAGAGAGAGCAGGAGAGCUGUAAACAGAUGCAGAACGAGUUUGCUGCACGCCUUAAUGACAUGGAAGCGGAACGGCAGAAUUUGGCAGAAGCGGUUACUCUGGCCGAACGAAAAUACUCGGACGAGAAGAAGAGAGUUGACGAGCUGCAGCAACAAGUCAAAGUGUUUAAGUCCAACUUGGAGUCCUCUAAGCAGGAACUCAUCGACUACAAGCAAAAAGCUACUAGAAUACUCCAAUCUAAAGAAAAAUUGAUUAACAGCUUGAAGGAAGGCUCUGGCUUUGAAGGCCUCGAUAGCAGUACUGUGCACAGUGUGGAGCUGGAAGAACUUCGCCAUGAAAAGGAGCUGCAAAAGGAGGAGAUACAGAAGCUGAUGGGCCACAUCCAUCAGCUGAGGUCCGAACUACAGGAUAUGGAGGCUCAGCAGGUUAGUGAAGCAGAAUCAGCAAGAGAACAGUUACGAGAUCUGCAGGACCAAAUAGCUGGACAAAAAGCAUCUAAACAAGAGCUGGAGGCAGAAUUGGAGCGACAGAAGCAGGAAUUCCACUACAUAGAAGAAGAUCUGUAUCGAACAAAGAACACAUUGCAAAGCAGGAUUAAGGAUCGGGAAGAAGAAAUUCAAAAACUUAGGAAUCAGCUUACUAAUAAAACUUUAAGCAACAGCAGUCAGUCCGAGUUAGAAAACCGGCUCCAUCAGCUAACAGAGACUCUCAUCCAGAAGCAGACCAUGCUGGAGAGUCUCAGCACGGAGAAGAACUCUCUGGUCUUUCAGCUGGAGCGCCUUGAGCAGCAGGUGAACUCUGCCAGCGGAAGUAGCAAUAACGGGUCUUCCAUUAAUAUGUCUGGAGUUGACAAUGGCGAAGGCACACGGCUGCGAAACGUUCCUGUUCUUUUUAAUGAUACAGAAACUAAUCUGGCAGGAAUGUAUGGAAAAGUCCGAAAAGCUGCUAGUUCAAUUGACCAGUUUAGCAUCCGCCUGGGAAUUUUUCUCCGAAGAUACCCCAUAGCACGAGUUUUUGUAAUUAUAUAUAUGGCUUUGCUUCACCUCUGGGUCAUGAUCGUUCUGUUGACGUACACACCAGAAAUGCACCGUGACCAGCCGCAUGGCAAAUGAACUGAACCCAGUUGUUUUGGUGACUGGUCGUCUGUUUUCAGACUUGGGAUCUGCAGAAGGACCAGUGGCCUAAAAUUGCGGAGAACGGGGUGCAAGUUCAUCUCAUCACUACAAGCUUUGAACUCGUUCACUUAUUAUACAAGUGCUCUGCUGCCUAAGUCCUCCCCCCAUUUCUUUCAAAUGGUAAGAGUUUCUGAAACUGACAGUAACGUAACAAGCUCAGCUCUGCUUUCUCUGAAAUCCAAGAUUCAGUGUGUGUGUGUGUGUGUGUGUGUGCGCGCGCGCGCACACGCACGCACACAGAUGUGCUGGGCUCAUUCACCCCUGUACAGGCCAGCCUAUAUUUUAGGUGACACGCAUUAUGGGUUAUAAUCAGGGAAACUAAUUGUAUUUACUGAUAGAAAUAAAACGUUUUCUUUUUGAUAA